GAUUUCGAAGUUUUAUCUCACGACCGAGUCACCGAGUCACCACCACACACACCAACAUCAGUAGAGAGAGAAAAUCAACAGAGAGAGAGAGAAAUGGCGGUGGUCGUAAUCGACGGAUCGACGGUGAGGAACUUCGUGAACGACGAAUCUCACUUCAAGAAAAGCAUUGACGAAGCCUUCGCCGCUCUUGAUCUCAACAACGACGGCGUUCUCUCCCGAUCCGAGCUCCGGAAGGCCUUCGAGACGCUCCGCCUAAUCGAGACUCACUUCGGCGUCGACGUCACUACCACGCCGGAGCAACUCACUCAGCUCUACGAUUCCAUCUUCGAGCAGUUUGAUUGUGACAAAAGCGGCACGGUAGAUGCCGAUGAGUUUCGGACGGAGAUGAAGAACAUCUUGCUCGCAAUCGCCGAUGGAUUAGGCUCGUCUCCGAUUCAGAUGGCGCUUGACGAUGGCGAUCAGAGUUUCCUCAAGCAAGCCGCUGAUCUGGAGGCUUCCAAGCUCGCUCAAUCGUCGACCUGAUCGCGAUUGCUACGGUUUGCCGUUGCCGUUUCGUUUUUGCUUCUUUUCUUCAAAUAUCUGUAACUGAUAUGAACAUGUGUGAAUCUGAUUUCACAAUAAAAUAGAUCUUGAUUCUCGCCGUUUAUGGUGGAAUAAUCGAUUAAGAUUUUAAUCUGUUGAGAGAUAAACGAUCAGAUGAACAAGGAAGAGGAUUAAUAUUCAGGAA